GGGCAUAGCGGGGAAGGAAGGGGACUAUUAAGUUACUGUGAAAUUCUCACUUCCUGUUCUCUGAGCCGGCACCACAGGAAGGUGCUGUGAGCACGAAGCGUCUUUCCCCGCAGCUGCUGCCCAGUCUGCACGCCAGACCCUCCGGAGAAGCCCCCGCUCCCUGUCAUGACCCCAGGCCGCGGCACCCUGCACCCCCUUUCUCUCCUGGUGCAGACGGCGGCACUGGCUGCAGCCCUGGCCCAGGGCACCCUGCCUGCCUUCCUUCCCUGUGAGCUCCAGCCCCACGGCCUGGUGAACUGUAACUGGCUGUUCCUGAAGUCCGUGCCCCACUUCUCGGCGGCGGCGCCCCGGGCCAACAUCACCAGCCUCUCCUUGCUCUCCAAUCGCAUCCACCACCUGCACAACUCCGACUUUGCCCACCUGUCCAGCCUGCGGAGUCUCAACCUCAAGUGGAACUGCCCGCCGGCUGGCCUCAGCCCCAUGCACUUCCCCUGCCACAUGACCAUCGAACCCAACACCUUCCUGGCCGUGCCUACCCUGGAGGAGCUGAACCUGAGCUACAACAGCAUCACGACGGUGCCCGCCCUGCCCAGUUCCCUCGUGUCCCUGUCGCUGAGCCGCACUAGUAUCCUGGUGCUAGACCCCACCCACCUCGCCGGCCUGCAUGCCCUGCGCUUCCUCUACAUGGAUGGCAACUGCUACUACAAGAACCCCUGCCCGCGGGCGCUGGAGGUGGCCCCGGGCGCCCUCCUGGGCCUGGGCAACCUCACACACUUGUCACUCAAGUACAACAACCUAACGGAAGUGCCCCGCCGCCUGCCUCCAAGCCUGGAAUCCCUGCUGUUGUCCUACAACCACAUUGUCACCCUGGCACCCGAGGACCUGGCCAAUCUGACUGCCCUGCGUGUGCUUGACGUGGGUGGGAACUGCCGACGCUGUGACCACGCCCGCAACCCCUGCAUAGAGUGCCCCAAGGGCUUCCCCAAGCUGCACCCCGACACCUUCAGCCACCUGAGCCGCCUUGAAGGCUUGGUGUUGAAGGACAGUUCUCUCUACAGACUGGACACCAGAUGGUUCCGUGGCCUAGGCAGCCUCCGAGUUUUGGACUUGAGUGAGAAUUUCCUCUACACGUGCAUCACCAAAACCACGGCCUUCCAGGGCCUGGCCCGGCUGACCAAGCUCAACCUGUCCUUCAAUUACCACAAGAAGGUGUCAUUUGCCCACCUGCACCUGGCAUCCUCCUUCAGGGGCCUGCUGUCCCUGAAGGAGCUGGACAUGCACGGCAUCUUCUUCCGCUCACUCAGUGAGACCACGCUCCAGCCGCUGGCCCACCUGCCCAAGCUCCAGACUCUGCACCUGCAGAUGAACUUCAUCAACCAGGCCCAGCUCAGCAUCUUUGAGGCCUUCCCUGGCCUGCUUUACGUGGACCUGUCAGACAACCGCAUCAGCGGAGCUAUGAGGCCAGCGGCCACCACAGGCAAGGCAGAUGGCCGAGGGAAGCUCCGGCUGCCAACCAGGAACCUCGCUCAAGGCCCACUGAACACCCUCGGCUCAGAGGACUUCAUGCCAAACUGCAAGCCCUUCAGCUUCACCUUGGACCUCUCGCGGAACAACCUGGUGACAGUCCAGCCAGAGAUGUUUGCCCAUCUCUCGCGCCUCCAGUGCCUGCGCCUGAGCCACAACAGCAUCUCCCAGGCAGUCAAUGGCUCCCAGUUUGUGCCGCUGACUAGCCUGCGGGUGCUGGACCUGUCCCACAACAAGUUGGACCUGUACCACGGGCGCUCGUUCACGGAGCUGCCGCGGCUGGAGGCACUGGACCUCAGCUACAACAGCCAGCCCUUCAGCAUGCAGGGCGUGGGCCACAACCUCAGCUUUGUGGCCCAGCUGCCUGCCCUGCGCUACCUCAGCCUAGCGCACAACGGCAUCCAUAGCCGCGUGUCCCAGCAGCUCUGCAGCGCCUCAGUGCGGGCCCUGGACUUUAGCGGCAAUGCCCUGAGCCAGAUGUGGGCUGAGGGAGACCUCUAUCUGCACUUCUUCCAAGGCCUGAGAAGCCUGGUCCUGCUGGACCUGUCCCAGAACCACCUGCACACCCUCCUGCCACGCAACCUGGACAACCUCCCCAAGAGCCUGCGGCUGCUGCGUCUCCGUGAUAAUAAGCUGGCCUUCUUCAACUGGAGCAGCCUGGCCCUCCUACCUGAGCUGGAAGCUCUGGACUUGGCGGGAAACCAGCUGAAGGCCCUGAGCAAUGGCAGCCUGCCAUCUAGCACCCAGCUCCGGAGGCUGGACCUUAGUGGCAACAGCAUCACCUUUGUGGCCCCUGGCUUCUUUGCUCUGGCCAAGGUGCUGCAGGAGCUCAACCUCAGCGCCAAUGCUCUCAGGACGGUGGAACCCUCCUGGUUUGGCUCCCUAGUGGGCACCCUGAAAAUUCUCGAUGUGAGCGCCAACCCUCUGCACUGCGCCUGUGGGGCAGUCUUCGUGGACUUCCUGCUGGAGGUGCAGGCUGCUGUGCCUGGUCUGCCCAGCCGCGUCAAGUGUGGCAGCCCCGGCCAGCUCCAGGGCCGCAGCAUCUUUGCGCAGGACCUGCGCCUCUGUCUGGACGAGGCCCUCUCCUGGGGCUGUUUUGGCCUCUCGCUGCUGACCGUGGCCCUGGGCCUGGCUGUGCCCAUGCUGUACCACCUCUGUGGCUGGGACCUCUGGUACUGCUUCCACCUGUGUCUGGCCUGGCUGCCCCGGCGGGGACAGCGGCGGGGUGCAGAUACCCUGCUCUAUGAUGCCUUUGUGGUCUUCGACAAGGCGCAGAGCGCAGUGGCCGACUGGGUGUACAACGAGCUGCGAGUGCAGCUGGAGGAGCGCCGUGGGCGCCGGGCGCUCCGCCUGUGCCUGGAGGAGCGUGACUGGCUACCUGGCAAGACGCUCUUUGAGAACCUGUGGGCCUCCAUUUACAGCAGCCGCAAGACCCUGUUUGUGCUGGCCCACACGGACCGGGUCAGUGGCCUCUUGCGUGCCAGCUUCCUGCUGGCCCAGCAGCGCCUGCUGGAGGACCGCAAGGACGUUGUGGUGCUGGUGAUCCUGCGCCCUGACGCCUACCGCUCCCGCUAUGUGCGGCUGCGCCAGCACCUCUGCCGCCAGAGUGUCCUCCUCUGGCCCCAGCAGCCCAGUGGCCAGGGCAGCUUCUGGGCCCAGCUGGGCAUGACCCUGACCAGGGACAACCGCCACUUCUAUAACCAGAACUUCUGCCGGGGCCCCACGACCGCUGGAUAACACAGGGGGCAGCCCAGCAUGCCCCGUCCCCUUUGACCUUGCCUCUCUGCCUGGGAUGCCCCAGCCUGCCUUACUCUGCAACACUGCUGCUCUGCCCCCACCUCCCGCCCCUCUGGCAUAUAGCAGGUGCACAAUAAAUGCUAUCAGAGGGCCAAACA